GUGAAUGAAAUUCAGUCACUGACACUGAGAGGAGAAAUGGCACAGAAAGGAGUUCAGCUGGACCAAGACACAAUUUCUUGCUCAAUCUGUUUGGAUCUACUGAAGGAUCCGGUGACUAUUCCCUGUGGACACAGCUACUGCAUGAACUGUAUUAAAACACACUUUGAUGGAGAGGACGGGAAGGGAAUCCACAGCUGCCCUCAGUGUAGGAAGAUUUUCACACCGAGGCCUGUCCUGGUGAAAAACAUCAUAUUAGCAGCUUUAGUGGAGCAGCUGAAGAAGACUGAACUCCAAGCUGCUCCAGCUGAUCACUGCUAUGCUCAACUUGAAUACGUGGCCUGUGAUAUUUGCACUGGGCGGAAGAUGAAAGCCAUCAAGUCCUGUGUGGUCUGUUUAAUUUCUUACUGUGAGAAACACAUUCGACGUCACUAUGGAUCUCCUGCCUUUAAUGAGCACAAGCUGAUCAACCCCUACUCAAUGAAGACGGAGCUCAAGGUGAGACGACUAAACAUCCAGCAGAGAAUCCAGGACCGAGAGAAAGAUGUGAAGCUGUUUCAACAGGAGGUGGAGGCCAUCAAUGGCUCCGCUGAUAAAGCAGUGGAGGACAGUGAGAAGAUGUUGACUGAGCUGAUCCGUCUGAUCCAGAAAAGAAGCUCUGAUGUGAAGCAGCAGGUCAGAUCCCAGCAGGUAACUGAAGUGAGUCGAGUCAAAGAGCUUCAGGAGAAGCUGGAGCAGGAGAUCGCUGAGCUGAAGAGGAAAGACGCCGAGCUGGAGCAGCUCUCACACACAGAGGAUCACAACCAGUUUCUACACAACUACCCCUCACUGUCAGCACUCAGUGAGUCUACACACUCAUCCAGCAUCAAUAUUCGUCCUCUGAGGUACUUUGAGGAUGUGACAGCAGCUGUGUCAGAGACCACAGAUAAACUACAGGACAUCCUGAGAGAGGAAUGGACAAACAUCUCACUGACAGUCACUGAAGUGGAUGUUUUACUGUCACCACCAGAGCCAAAGACCAGAGCUGGAUUCUUAAAAUAUUCACAUGAAAUCACACUGGAUCCAAACACAGCACACACACAGCUGUUAUUAUCUGAGGGGAACAGAAAAGUAAGUUUAAUGGAACAACAACAGUCUUAUUCUGAUCAUCCAGACAGAUUCACUGGAUGUUAUCAGGUCCUGAGUAGAGAGAGUCUGACUGGACGUUGUUACUGGGAGGUGGUGUGGAGAGGGAGAGGAGUUUGUGUUGCACUCACAUAUAAGGAUAUCAGCAGAGAUGGGGAGUCAUAUGAAUGUGUAUUUGGCCGAAAUGACAAAUCUUGGUCAUUAUGUUGUGACACAAACAGUUGUGCAUUUUACUUCAACAAAGUCCGAACUCUCCUUUCAGGUUCUCAGUCCUCCAGAGUAGGAGUGUACCUGGAUCACGGAGCAGGUGGGCGUGGCCUUCAGCACAAGUCUUCAGCAUCAGCUGCAGCAGCUCCUCAGGCCAAGCCAUGUCUGGAAACUGAGCGUCCUGACGGUCCAGUUCAGCCCACUCAGUCCGAGUCGCCGGAGGGUCCCGCUCAGUCCAAGCAGCCAGAGAUCGAGCCUGUGAAUCCUGCUGAGUCGUCCAGGGGUUGUCGACAUCGCCUGAGGGUCCCUGCCAAGUCUCCCAAGGGUGUCCCUCACAGUCGUCAACACCAACUACCUGCCAUGACAACUGAGAGUCCUCGCCCCCGGCACCGACAAGCAGUCCUCCUCCAUCUUCGCCCCUGGCCACGCGAUUGUCCCCCUGGGCGCCUUCGCCGCUGGCCACAUGGCCGUCCUCCAGAGAUCCCCCAUCACCACCACUGGGACCACGGCUGGCCUCCUAUUUUGCCUCAUCGCUGACACUGGCCCCACGGUUAGUCUCCUGAAGGGUAUCGUCUUUGCCGCUGGCCAUGCGGUAGUCCCCCUGAACUGAGUCGUGUGCUUUGCUACCACUGGGAUCAUGGCCAGCCUUCUGUUUUCUUCAAAAUCAUCACUGGCUCUGCAGUCGGACCCCAGAACUGCCUCUUCACCAUCACUGAUCUAUUGGCUGACCACCUGAACUGCUACCUGGCCUCACAGCUGGCCUCCUGAACUGGCUUGUCGGUGCCACUGGUAUUGCGGCCAGCAUCCUCCCAUGGCCAGGUAGACAACCUGAGCCUUGUUUGGACUCCCAUGCCCCUUGGGGGUUUUGCUUGUUCUGUCUCAGGAGUCCAGUCUGUUUAUGUUCAUGUUAGUCAAGCCAAGUCAAAUUUAGUGAGUUGAUGUUUGUGCUGGUGGCUUGUGCCCAGCACGUCCCGUGUUUUGACUCCUGUAAAUAAAGCCUGAAUUAAAGUAAAGCUGUAAAUGAAGCCAGAUUUAAAAUUAAGCUUUAUGCCUUGGUGUUAUUCAUUGAGGUCCUCUGCCUUGCCUGCCACCAAGGGUGUAAUAAUGCGUUUACUCUUGGGGGGGACACAUAUUGGAAACUGGACAGAUUGAUAAAUACU